AUGAUACAAAAGGAGUGUUAUUAUGUGACACUUGGAAUAAAUAGAGCAGCUACUCCAGAUGAAAUCAAAAAAUAAUACAGAAAAUUAGCUUUGCAAUGGCAUCCUGAUAAAAAUCCAGAAAAUAAAGAGAAGGCUCAAGAAAUGUUCAAACAAAUAGGAGAGGCUUAUUCUGUUCUAUCUGAUAUAGGAAAGAGAAAAAUUUAUGAUCAAUAUGGUCAUUAAGGUAUGGAGGAAUAAAUCCAUUAACAUGAAGAGGAUGGUGAUUUUGGGUUUUUCACAUUUGAUCCUUUUGAAAUAUUUAAUAAUUUCUUUUGUUCCGGAGAUCUUUUGUUCGGAUCAGAUGACGAUGAAUUUAUGAUAUUUGAGAAUCGAAGAAGAAAGAAGUAGAAGAAGAAGAACAGGAACUCUAUUUUUGGAUCUAUGAUAAACAAUUUUAUCGACCCUCCCUUUUUUGAUAAUAAUUAGGGUGGUUAUUCAAAAUCAAUAUCAACAACCACAUAAUUUAUUAAUGGCAAAUAAGUUACUGUAACUAAAGAGACUAUCAAAAAUGGAGGUAAAACUACUGUAAUUGAAAAAAGAAAUGAAAAUGGUAAAAUCACAUAGAAAAAAUACGAAAUAUAAGAUAAUUAAAGAAGACCUGAAUUAUAAUAUGAAGGAUAAAAAAAAAAGAAAAAAAAUAAAUAACAUUGA